CAUUGGGAAUGCCUACCGGUAGACUGAUUUCUCCGGGAGGGGCGGCCGGAGCUCUUUCUGUCUCUCUCUCUCUCUCACCAUGUUUGCAACGGCUGCCAGGAAUGCGGGCAAACGCCUCCUCGAGAUCCGUCGGUCGUUGAUCCAGACUCCCCAAGUUACUCGUUCCUUUUCGACCGCACUGAACUACCAUAUCGACUCCCCAGAUAACAAUCCCGACAUUUCAUGGGAUUUCUCAGACGCCAACAAAGAAAAGGUCAGGGAGAUUUUGUCACAUUAUCCUUCUAAUUACAAGAGGUCUGCUGUAAUUCCACUACUAGAUCUUGCACAACAGCAGCAUGGAGGCUGGUUAACUGUGUCAGCCAUGAACACGAUUGCAAAAAUUGUUGAAGUUGCUCCUAUUCGAGUGUAUGAGGUUGCCACAUUCUACUCCAUGUUCAACCGUUCCAAGGUUGGCAAAUAUCACCUCUUGGUCUGUGGCACAACUCCUUGUAUGAUACGUGGCUCACGGGAAAUAGAGGCUGCUCUACUCAAGCACCUUGGUGUGAAGCGCAAUGAGGUAACGAAGGAUGGACUAUUCUCUGUUGGAGAAAUGGAAUGCAUGGGAUGUUGUGUGAAUGCUCCAAUGCUUGCUGUUGCUGACUACUCCAAAGGUUCAGAAGGAUACACAUACAACUACUAUGAAGACCUCACACCUGAAAGGGUUGUUGAGAUCGUCGAGAUGUUGAAGAGGGGAGAAACUCCACCUGUUGGUACACAGAAUCCAGAGCGUAUCAGGAGUGGUCCGGCCGGAGGCAAUACAACUUUGCGGGGAGAGCCAAAGCCACCGCCAUGUCGGGACCUUGACGCCUGUUGAAUAUGUAGCGGCGAGCUUGUCAUAAUAAAAGUGAGAGCUUGGUGCAUCGUCAUGAUGCACGGAGCAAGUCCCCUGGAAACAAUUUCUGAGAGAGAAAAUUCACUGAAUCCAGAGAUAGAAAUUUGUGUCUCUCAUUCCCUCCGGGGGUGGUGUUUUGAUUAUUUGUCAUGUUGAAAAGCUGGAUUGAAAUCUGUUAGAUUUUUGAAUUCAUUAAUUAACCACCAACUUUGGGACUUCUCAAAGUAAAUUUAUGCAUAGUUCAUAAUCUCAA